AUGCUAAAUGGACUCGCGACAAGACUCGGCCACUGCCUCGGGGACUCGGCGGAGCUUGUCGCUGGUCUGAGGGAGAUCGUGGAGCAGGUCAAGGUGGAUGCAGGAGCUAUGAUUGGCUUUGGAGCCGCACAACAUGGCCAAGAUAGCGAGGUUGGCCAGCGCUGGUCACAAGCAGGCUUCAGUGGCCCUUCGAGCAUGGCAGACACGGUACAAAUCUGGCGCCUUAACAUCUCAUUGGCCCUGCAGGGUGUGAGCGAGGCCCUCUGGUGCAAGGUCCAGAUGGGAAAAGGCUGGCACGCCCAUCCACCGGUGCCCCAUAGUCGAUGCGGCAGGUCGGCCGGCCGGUUGAGGAGAAGGCGUUGGGUGAGAGCCAAAAGAUGUCAAGUGUCAAAUGUCAAGGGCCAGGAUGGGAUGGGAUGGGAUGGGAUGGGAUGGCACGUCUUGGGUCCCGGCGUCCACACUCCCCGCUCGACUGUCAAAGUCCCAAAUGCAGGAGGAGAUCUGCUCCAGCGCGUGCGUGCUCCUCCAACGACUCCACGUCCUGCAGUAGCCAAGCAGCAAUCCAAUCUCGCAGGCUUGUCGAAGAAGGGUCACCACUUUGACACCACCACCCUCACCCCAGCACGUCUCGAAAAGGCUUUCCUUUCCACUUUCUCCCACCCCCCUUCCAUGUCGCUUCCCCCCCGGCCACCCACCAUCCCGGGACCCCUGUCCCCCGCCGUGAUCCUGGGCGGACAUCCUUGGCCGCCGUUCUUGUAUUACUAUGGGCCAUUCAGCAGCUGGAACCGCUCAGCUGCAGCGAACCACCCAACGUACAUUGCCCUAGGCAGUCUCUCGUUCGACACUGCGGCCACGGCGAGCUCUUCGGACCUCCCGCUGUUCGCGGAACAGCCGCACUCUGUGCCACCGCAGCCUCCGCAAUCGCCUGCCACCUCCGCGCUUUUGCUCCGCGUGCAGGCUUGCUACAUGGCGCCGUCCUCGACGGGCGAUUCCCCUCGCUCGGCGUCGGGGACUGGCACGGCGACCGUCGCUCGAGGCUUCCCUCUGCCCUCCCGCGACUUCUCGAUAGAGGUCCCCCCUCCAAUGGCGGCUUCCUCCACGAAUGGAACCGGCACAAUCAAAUCACCAAAUUCGGUCAAAUCCCAGCGCGCCCCGAGCUUUAGUAGAGAGGGCAUCCUCGGCGCUGCGCAGAAAGCGCGCAACUUGUCGCAGUCUUCAGACAACCGGCCGGAGCCGGCUCCGAACGGGAUGCAGAAGCUGGAAGCCCCUACGAGCGACGAGGGCUCGAACCCUCUGAAGCGGCGAAACACGGAUGCGGGCGUCGACUAUCCGCGGAGGCGAGCGACGAUAGCUUGUGAGGUAUGCCGGUCCCGCAAGUCUCGGUGUGAUGGCACCAAGCCAAAAUGCAAGCUCUGCACGGAACUCGGCGCCGAAUGCAUCUACCGGGAACCCGGCAUCAAGCUUGAUGCUGGAGACAAGCUCAUCCUGGAACGUCUGAACCGCAUUGAGAGUCUGCUGCAGAUGAACAUGGCAGCCACCCACCCCCAUGGUUUGGCAGUUCCUCAUGAUUCCCCCAACAUGAGUAAUGGGACGGCGCUGAGCGGAGGAGACAACAUCCUGCCCGGGCCAUCUGCCAAUUUUGUCUCGAUCAUUCCAGCAGGCGGGAUCGGCACAUGGACGAGCGGCAACAAUACGAACAUCUCAACGAUGCCCAAGAUACAUACUAACGCAGCCCUGCAUCUGCUCCAAUGGCCGCUCAUCAGGGAUCUCGUCUCUCGGCCUUAUGAUCCACAGAUCCUCCUUCAGAUGGAGAUGGCGAGGGAACCUCUCCAUUCGCUCACCAAGACGCCUUGUGUCGACCUUUCCAACACCACCGCCUUCAUCGAGGCGUAUUUCGAACGCGUCAAUAUCUGGUAUGCCUGCAUCAACCCCUACACGUGGAGAAGCCAUUACCGCAUUGCCUUAUCAAACGGCUUCCGCGAGGGUCCCGAGAGCUGUAUCGUUCUCCUGGUUCUUUCUCUCGGCCAGGCUAGCCUCAGAGGCAGUAUAUCUAGGAUUGUGCCCCAGGAGGAUCCCCCGGGUCUACAGUACUUCACUGCGGCGUGGUCCUUACUUCCCGGGAUGAUGACCUCCAACAGCGUCCUAGCUGCGCAAUGCCACCUUCUAGCAGCUGCAUACCUCUUCUACCUGGUGCGUCCGCUCGAGGCAUGGAACCUGAUCUGUUCUACCAGCACGAAGCUACAGCUUCUGCUCAUGACGCCCAACCGCGUGCCUCAAGACCAACGGGAGCUUACCGAGCGCAUCUACUGGAACGCCUUGCUGUUUGAGAGUGAUCUGCUGGCCGAGCUUGACCUGCCACACUCUGGCGUGGUGCAGUUCGAAGAGAAUGUCGGCCUCCCGGGAGGAUUUGAAGGAGACGAGCAAGAGGCAGUUGGCCGAGACGACCUUUGGUAUUUCCUGGCGGAAAUUGCCUUGAGAAGGUUGCUGAACAGGGUGAGCCAGCUGAUAUACUCCAAGGAUUCCAUGGCGUCGACAACCAGCCUCGAGCCCGUCGUGGCCGAGCUGGACUUUCAGCUCACACAGUGGUACGAGAGUCUGCCCAUGCCGCUACAGUUCCCCUUCACACGCACACCCUUGCCAGACCCCGUUCAGACGGUCUUGCGGCUACGGUUCUUUGCGUGCAGGACAAUUAUCUACCGGCCUUACAUUCUGGCAGUGCUGGACAACGAACAAGCAGUGUUGGACCCCUCGGUGCGGGACAGCUGCCACAAGUGCCUCGAAGCCUCAAUCCGGCAAUUAGAGCACAUUGCCGCCCAUCACGCCGGACAUAUGCCCUACCUUUGGCAAGGCGCGCUCUCCAUCGUGUCGCAGACGCUGCUCGUCAUGGGCGCGACCAUGUCGCCGUCCCUGUCCAGCAUUCUUCUGACCCUGGUGCCUCACCGGGAAGCGAUCGACCAGAUCAUCAACGACGUCGUGCUGGAAAUCGAGCGGUACGCGGUGCUAGCGCCCAGCCUUAGCCUGGCCGCAGAGAUUAUCAAGGAGGCCGAGGUGAGGAGGCGGACCUUUCUCAGUGGCUGA